GCGGGGCCGAGGCAAGUGUGGCUUCUUUGCCUCGUCGUCCCCUUGCGCCGGCGGGACAUCGCACUUGCCACCGGCACCAUGAAGAUCUGGACGUCGGAGCACGUUUUUGAAGACAGCCAGAAAUCUAGAGAGAAGGGAGAGAGACAGACCUGCAGUACUGCUUCACGGCUUGUGAAGCUUUCCCCCUGCAGGUGGGGAUCCGGGACUUUAACCUGGGUCCUUGUGCAUCAGCUGUACCACCACCUGGCCCCCUGUAGGUGAAGAAAUUUGACAGCCACCCUUGGGAAACUGUUACAACAGCUGCAAUGCAGAAAUACCCAAACCCUAUGAACCCAAGUGUGGUUGGAGUUGAUGUAUUGGACAGACAUAUCGAUCCCUCUGGAAAGUUGCAUAGCCAUAGACUUCUUAGCACAGAGUGGGGACUGCCUUCCAUUGUGAAAUCUAUUAUAGGUGCAGCAAGAACCAAAACAUAUGUGCAAGAACAUUCUGUAGUUGAUCCAGUAGAGAAAACAAUGGAACUUAAAUCUACUAAUAUUUCAUUUACAAAUAUGGUUUCAGUAGAUGAGAGACUUACCUACAAACCAUAUCCUCAGGACCCAGAAAAAACUGUUUUGACUCAGGAAGCUAUCAUCACUGUAAAAGGAGUUAGUCUUAGUAGCUACCUGGAAGGGCUGAUGGCAAGUACAAUAUCGUCAAAUGCUAAUAAAGGCCGAGAAGCACUCGAAUGGGUAAUACAUAAAUUAAAUGCUGAGAUUGAAGAAUUGACAGCCUCAGCAAGAGGAAGCAUCCGGACACCAAUGGCAGCCGCAGCCUUUGUAGAGAAAUGAAAGUUAGUAUACAACACACAGUGCUCCAGGUUCUCUAUAUUGGCAGUAUAUUUAUUAUCAAAAAUACAACUAUAUUUUAGGUAAAAUAAACUAAAGAAAAAAGGCUUCUAAAUAAAAAGAAUUAUCCAGAAUUAAUGCUGUUUGAAAUGACCAUCUAAUUUUGAGAUUCUCCGUGUUUUUGUUUUGCUGAAAAUUUUAUCAAUUUUAGAGGGUACUUAGAAAAUUUGCAUUGAUGUAUUUCUUUUAGGUUUUCACACAUUGGAACUCAUUCUGGCUUUGGACCAAAACCUCCCCCCCUCCCCCCCCCCAAGAAAACAUAGUAACCUUGGGUACACAUGACUGUUGACUUGCAGUAAACUUACAGAGCCUGCUUGAGGGAAUAUACUUUAAAAGAACAAAUUGUAUAGGUUUAGUUUUAAAAGAUAAUAAAUUGUAACUUACUCUUCUAUAAACAACCAUUAAAGGCCAGUGUUUUUAUUUGUUACUUGAAUGCUUUUUUUAAUACAAUAAUAAAAUUAUUGUAUUAAAAGAUACUGUAUUGAUUUGCCAAAGUUUUGUAACUUUGUAAGGAUACUACACCUUCCUUCAAUUUGUACUUUAUGAUUUAGUAUGCUGUACCAUGGGCUGGUUAUGUUAUCUGGGGAAAAUAAAAUCAUUACUGGAAUUUUGCAGCACUCUAAACUUCCACAGAACAACUGUUCGCAUCUUUUAGCAUUUCACACUUGCUUAACUUGUAAAUUACCAUGUGUCAAAAUCAUGGACCUUUAGUUGCUAACACAUGAUUAUGUCAGGUUAUUUGAAUGUAAUUACUCUGUGAAGUAAUUGUGACCACAAAACAUCUUUUUUUACAUGAAAAACUGUACAUCAUUUAAAAUUGCUCAAAUGAUGUCUUCAUCUGAAAAAUAAAUCCCAGGUACUUAGUUUUUAGUAAUAUGGUGCCAGUGCAGAGGCUGAGGGUGGCAGGGAAUGAAAAAAGAAUAGGCUGGAGAAAAGGAUUGACCUAAGUGAAUGGACAUUUUCAGCAUGUAUUGAUGGCAAAACUUUACUUUAGAUGCCAGAGAGCAGAUGCACUAAGAAAAUCCAGUAAAUACAAUUUGUCUUAUAUUUUGUAGCCAGCAAUUAAUAACCACUUCAUAUUAAAUUUGCUACUUAACAACUGUUGUAUAUGUAAUUUUUUGUUGUUAAGAGGUAAUUAAUUCUUGCCUUUAUUUUAUGGUGUUUUAAUAUGGUAGGUUUUUGUUGAAAGAAACCAAUUAAUAUAUGUAAACUCAGCAACACAAAUAAUAUACCUAUUUAAAAAAUAUUUUUUUACUUAAAAUAUGGUUUAGCUUAAAAGUUCUUGAGAUAUUUUAAAGAGUUAAAUCCAACAAUUUUUGUGAUUAUUUUUUGUAGUCAGAGAUGGUUUUUAACAAUUGAAAUGAUGUUUUAGCUAAACAGAACAUUGAUAUUUGGUAAAAGGUGCUGUGUAAAUUUCUGUAAACUAUGCCUUAUUCUGGAAAAGGUACAAUGCCCUAAUGAUAAAAAAAAAAAUGUUUCUAAGCAAUUUUUAUCCUUUAUGAUAUUUUCACUCUGACCUAAUGACAAAAUUUUGUAUAUUUUCAUUUUCAAACAUACCCUUUUACCUAAAUAACUGACAAUUUGUGGUUUUUAUCUGGUGAAGUAUACACAGCAAGCAAAGGGCACUUGAGUAAACUGGAAUGAAUGUUGAUACCUCAGAUUCAGGGGCUAUUGAACAUUGUAUUCUAAUAUUAAAAUGGAUCAUACAUGAAUCAAAAACUUUUCUUGUUAAUAAAACAACCUUAUAACUCA